UUGACUUUGAUGGGGGAACGUCGCCCCAACAAGCACGUUCCCGUUUUCAAUGAAAGGGCUUUGAAAUGACUAGCACUAGCAACGGCAGCCAAUGAAUGUCUGACUAAGCAAGCCUUGAGAGCAGUGACUUUACAGUUAAGUGACUAUGCAGUCAUUCUGUAGUAAAAGAAGUAUUGAUAUGACAGCCCGCCGGAUGUCUGUAUCGGGAGCCAAACAAUAGUAACAGUGGGUGCAACACCACAAAUAACCGUCACGCUUGCUGAAACACACACGCAGGAAGUAGUGGAGUGUCCACAAAGAAAAGUUUGGAUGGACUUGUAACCUGAGUGGAAUCCCACCUUGAAGGAAGGCUCCGUUUCCUGGCCGCAAGUAUCAACAGGUAGCCCUCCCUCUUUGUUUUUCCGCCUUGUGACAAAACGUGGAAUGUUUGGAAAAGUAGCCCCCAGGUCAGGUGAAAGAUCACGAAAGCUAGGUCUGCGUUUCAAUCCCCAAAACACGCACCUAAAUGUUUGUUUGUUUUUUUCGCUAAUCUUUAAGUUUUCAUUUUGACGAAAAAAUAACCCUUUGUAACGCUGUCUUCUGGGAUGCCUUCACAAAGGAACUGAGAAGACUUGGUGGCUUAUGUUAACAGCUUGUUUUUAUUGUUGAUCAUCUAUGCAUUUGCAGCAAGGGGGAAAAGAAAAAGGCAACGUCACGUGGGCAACAGAACCAUCUUGAGAACGAAUCCAUGACGACUAACUUUCUAUAUUGUGAUCGUAUAGGGGUACGUUUCUUUUAAAUUACACUAAGCAGUUGCAAAUGGAAUACAAAAUCAUGUUUUCACAAAAUUCUACAACCUACCUAUGCAUUUGCAGCAAGGGUGAAAAGAAAAAGGCAACGUCACGUGGGCACCAGAACCAUCUAGAAAAAUAGCAUUGUGUUAGCAUUUAGCAACAACGCUUGUGAAUGGCUUCGCUCAUGGAGUGGAUACAAUAAGCAAAAAACACUAGAACGAUGAACACUGAUAUCACCUAGAAACUCUUAUACUCUAACUAAACGAAGCCAGCCACUUAAAUUUACUUAUUUCUCAAUUUAAACAUGAAACUUUGCCCACGGGCUUCAGCAACACGUUACUUUGAGAACGAAUCCACGAUGACUGAAUUGGAUACGUUCCCACAACCGCUUGCAGCAAGUGCACCUGCAAUUACGCGGUUGCACCACAAGAUGACGCAUUUCUCAAUUUAACUGGAUUUUAUAAAACUUUUUUUUAACUAUGUUAUACUUUCACAAAAAUUUGGGUAAAGCUUUUGUUUUGUCAGUGGAAAAAAAGUAUAGUAUAACCAAUCUCAGUCCAAAUAGAUCGGACCUCUAUCGUACUCUAGUGUUGGAAGUGAGUACGACGCCUCCACGCGAUUUUUUUUUCCAUACGCUAAUAGUAAUAACGAAUAGAAAUGUUUUUCAAGUCUGAAAAAGAAGUUGACUUUUUGUUUUAGCCGCAAUAAUAUAUUCUCAUUUAUUGUCCAUUCAGGUUGGGGAUGGCGUGGCUCAGUGGAAGAGUAGUUGUCCCCCACCCAAAGUAUCCUUGAGCAAGAUACUGAACCCCACAUUGCUCCUGAUGCUGCGUCACGUGUAGGUAGAUGGCAAUGUAGUGUAAAGCGCUUUGAGCACCUUUAAGGGUGGAAAAGCGCUAUACAAGUAUACAACCAUCUUCCGUGUCACUUAUCCGAGCAAGGGUCUCUGGGGGUGCUGGUGCCUAUCCCAGCCAAGGGCGUAGGGACAAAACUCUAGCAACUUUUCGGUAUGCUCAAAUUGUCCCCACCAACUUUUAAGCAACCUUAUUUGCAUUAUAUAAUGUGUUGAGUUAUAUAGGUCAUUCCCAUAUGUUAUAACGAUAGAAUUGAUCCUUCAAUUAUGAAGUGAAUUAUUUUCAUUAUUUUUAGACUACAUAUACCUCUUUUUCACUUUUGGCUGAAUGAGCCAGUCCAUGUUUUUUUCCUCAAACGCACGUUUGAUUGGCUGGUGACCUGACCCCCCACCCACCCACACACACACACACACACACACACACACACACACACACACACACAAACACACACACGCACUCUCACAGUACAAAACUACGUUUCAUGUCGACACGCUGCCUCCUCCGCCCGCCUCGAAGAGUAGGGAUAUUACAAGGUUUUUUGUUUUCGGCCAGCAGCCGCUGUAAGUAAUGUGUAAAAUCAUUGUUGUGAAGGUGGGAAGCACACCACUAAUUUUGCUACUGAAAGUCCGACUUGCAUCACAGUUUACCAUUACCAUUACAUUAAACCGUGUGAACUUACUAACGUGAGUAGGAAGCUGCUUCAGAAGUGUCCUCCUGUAUGUGUAUUCUACAAUGUUAAUUAAACUGAGAAAUAUAGUGAACUUUGCUCAGCUGUAAGACAUGUAGUGAAGCAAGGUUUACAGCCUUCUUCCCAGUUUUCAUUUUUGUUUUGCUCAUGUGGUUUUAAAGGAGCCCAAAGGAGUUUUAGAUUUUUUUUUGUUGUGUUCAGCUGUGCAUGUGGACAAAAGCAGUAGUGUUUUUCCUGAAGGAGGCUCAGUUUUUAUUUUUGUCAUUCCCCGACUAAGAAGUUUUUUUUGUUUGUUUGUUUCAUUUAAUAUAUUUAGACAGACAAUUUUGAGAGGUAUUAAGACCAAACGUUAUUUAUUGCAUUCCUGGAUACUGAAGAGAUGAUUAACAAGUUUGUAUUUCUUGUGUAUGUUAAUAUAAUUUGUGUUCAAAUAUUACAAUUCAAAUUCUUUAACAAAAUCCAGACAUUUAUUCAAAAGGUUUUCAAAAUAUUUCUGUAGUUGUUUUUGAAAACAAAGGUUUGAAUCGAAUGGUGUAUCACCUGAACCUAUACAUAUGCACUGCAAAAACCUUAAAACUGAAAAAAAGAAAAACCUUCCUUGUUUUCAGUGUUAAUCUACUAGAAAUGUUUGAAAUUAUCUGCCUUCAAGUAAGUUUUCCUCAGAUUUCUUGAAAUAAGCUUAUUUUCAGCUAGCUAUUUGUCUUAACAUACUUAUUUGAAGCAAAAGGUUUCUAUAUUUAAUCAUAAAAAAACACUUGUCUGUCAGAAGUGUUCUUAAUUCAGGCAUAGAUAUUGUUCAAAACAUUUGAAAGCAUUUUUUUCCUGAUUUAAGUGAAAAAUGACCGAAUUUUAGAUUAUGGGGCUUUAUAAGAAGAACAAAUGGUAAUUUUUACUAAAAGUAAGUGGAAGAAUCUGACCCAUUAAUCCGUUAACUAGCCUUUAAAACUCAAAACAAGACAAAGAAAAUUAUUUGACUAGAUUUAAGAAAAAAUAUCAGAUUUAGAUGUUAUCCUGUAAAUUUGCAGUGUUAAAGUUAGUAUAAGUCAAUACAGAUUUAUUUUGCAUUGAUCUUUAGCUUAUCAAUUCAUUAGGUUCAUAUUCGUGAGAAAUGUAGCACACGUUCACCCAAUCUGUUUGGUCUUAUUAAUGUCCCGUCCCCAGCAAAAAAUGUACAUGCAGGUUGUGCCGUUAAAGUGUCCCUACCAUAAGCGGAUUUUAAGGGGGGCAGGCCCCCCCCUGGUGGCCGAAAAGUGUCAUUGCAUGAAAUUGACUUUCCUAUAUAUAUAAAAGUUCUAAAGCAAUAAAACUGCAACAAAAAUGAUUGAAAUAAACAAAAGAAAUUUUUAUAAUGGGUCAAAAUUAUUUUUCGAACAGAUCAUGUGACUAGCACCUUAGACGGUCAUUGCUUUGCAUAUAAUUCCCCCCCCCCCAAAAAAAAAAAAUUAGGGGAGGGCAAUUUUACUUUUCAAAUGAUUUUUUUUUCUUUGAUUGAAAAUAUUUUGUUUUGGUUGAAGCAGUUUUUUUGGGAAUUGAAUGAUUUAGACUAGGGCUGUCAAAAUUAUCACGUUAACGGGCGGUAAUUAAUUUUUUAAAUUAAUCACGUGAAAAUAUUUGACGCAAUUAACGCACAUGCCCCGCUCAAACAGAUUAAAAUGACAGCACAGUGUCAUGUACACUUGUUACUUAUGUUUUUGGUGUUUUGUCGCCCUCUGCUGGCGCUUGGGUGCGACUGAUUUUAUGGGUUCCAGCACUAUGAGCAUUGUGUAAUAAUUGACAUCAACAAUGGCGAGCUACUAAUUUAUUUUUUAUUAUUUAUUUUAUUUAAGUUUAUUUUAUUGAAAAUUUUACAAGUUUUAUUAAAACGAAAACAUUAAGAGGGGUUUUAACUCAUUCACUCCCAGCCAUUUUCACCAGAGCAAGGCCCUUCGCUCCCGGCCGUUUUUUCUGGAUUUUGACCGAUUUUGCAAGGCCCAGAGAAAAUUCUGUUCUAUUGCUAUAUAAACUUGGAACCCACCAAAAGAAAGAUUAGACUCUCUUCUUUCAGCAGAAAAAAAGUAAGUUCGUAUCUUUUUCCAUUCUUUAGAAAUCAACAUUAGAAAAUAGCUUAGUUUGAGCAAUUUUCCAAUUUCUGAUGAAAAAACGGAGAAAAUGAGCUUUUUGUAAACGUAUUCAUUUCAAACAUAAGUUUGACUUUAACAAAGCUAUUUUUUGCAUUAGUUACAUUCCAAACAUCUGAAUAAUGUUUUCCUUUUACAAAAUACCAUGAACAACCAGACAUAUAGAGCUUUAGAUAGCAAAGUAACAAUUUAUUCACACACGACUACUGAGAGUUGACGGUUUGUUGCCGAGAUGACGCCGUUGUCGCCACGUCAGCUGUGUGAACUUUUCCCUCAUCGUUGUCUGUCUCACAAAGAUGGAUUAUUUUUGUAUUUCUGCGGGGUCUGCUUGGCGAGCCGCUCCACGGGGGGGUUUCACUCGUUUUGCACGGUCCUCCAGCGCCUGGCGUCCCAGGCGUCCUCUCGUUGUGUUGUUCGGUCGGAGCGCCGCCUGGCUUCUAGCCGCCAGUGCUCUGACCAUGCUGCCCGGCUGUUCACUGCUGUUGAAUCGGGUUGCCCGGUCUUACAAAAUGUGCUACUGCCCUCCAGUGGCCAGUUUUAUUGUUUUAAAAUGGGUUUGGAGUGUUGUUCUUUGUUUCUCAGAUACAGCGGAAGCUAUAUAUGCUUCUUAUUAAAAAAAACAAAACAAAAAAAAACGCAAAAGACGUGAAAUACGUUUUUGGGACAGUGGAGCAUUUUAAAAUGGAACAUAUUUAUACGUUUCUGGGACCAAAUGAGUUAAUAUAAAAUUUCUAUAACUUGUACUAACAUUUAUCUUUUAAGAAGUACAUAUCUUUCUAUCCAUGGAUCGAUUUAACAGAGUGUUAAUAAUGUUAAUGCCAUCUUAUGGAUUUAUUGUUAUAAUAGAAAAAUACAGUACUUAUAUACCGUACGUUGAAUGUAUAUAUCCAUCUUGUGUCUUAUCUUUCCAUUCCAACAAUACAAUUUACAGAAAAAUAUGGCAUAUUUUAUAGAUGGUUUGAAUUGUGAUUAAUAACGAUGAAUUAAUUUUUAAGCUAUAAUUAACGCGAUUAAAGAUUUAAAUCGUUUGACAGCCCUAAUUUAGACAUAAAUGUCCUAUCCAUAAAUGGCCCAAACACAAAAGGAUUUCUUCAAUCAGAGAAAACUUUUUCAAUGAAAAAUUAAGUGUUAAAAUGCAAACAUUUUCAAUCUCAAAUAUUUUUUUCCCCAUUUAAAAACGUUUUCUAUGAUUGAAAUUUUUCUUUUUUUGAUUGAAGUGAUUUUUCUUUUUGAAAAUAUUUAUUUUUUGAGCAACUUAUUUUUUUUGAUUCAAUAAUAAAGACAAAAACGUCCUAGCCAAAAUGUGGUCCAAACACAAAUCAGCAUUACUUCAAUCAAAAAAGCUUGACUCCAAUCAAAAUAAAACCAAUAAAAAAUAGGCUUUCACAUGCAUUUUUUUGAGUUUCAAAUUAAUUUUUGCAUUCAAACACAUUUUUUUUUUUUUUUUAUUGAAGCGACUUUUUUUUAAUUUAAAAUAUAUAUUUUGAUUGAAGCAACUUUUUUUUUUUUUUUUUAAUGAAGCAAUUGAUUGAAUAAUAAAGACACAAAUCUACCUCCAUAUAGCUCCGCCCAGGGGAUACAAUUUUUGACUGGAGUUAACUACAUUGGCACCACACCGCCGGGCGUACCAUAUUCAGUGGUCGACGAUCUUGGUGAAAAGUAUUGCCUAAGCAGCCUGAUUCAGAAUUCCCCUCAAGAAUGAUGGGAAACAAAAAAACGCUCAAUGUCAACUUAUUAUUAUAAAUAUUCUUGUAAGUUAAUUUUAUUGCUGACACUGCGUUUUGGGGUCAUCAACAUGUUGUGCCCCCCCCGCCCCAAAAGUCAAACUCCACCUAUGGUCCCUACCAAUAUUGCGACCAAACCUACGCCCUUGAAUUAAACCAAUUAUGGGCAGUAGGCAGGGUGGAUACACCCUGAAUUGGUUGCCAGCCUAUCAAAUCUGUUUAUUUUUUAAUGAAUGAUUUAUUAUUUUUUAAAAGGAUAUUUUGAGAAAAUAUAAAAUGAAUGAAAAAAAAUUGGAUUUCUCCCCAUUAACACUCUUUUUUUUUUUUAACUAACAUCAAAAGUAUCGUGCGGUCCAAAGUAACAUAUGGUGUCAAAAGAAUUGACCAACGAAACUAUUUGAGUACCUUUUUUAUGAAUCCAUCAGCAAGUAAGCUGGAUCUCAUCAACAUGAAGCAGCGGCGCGUCGGAGUCAUUCCAAAGGGUUUUGUCCCCCCGAGACGAGCGCCUCUUCGCACCGUCAGUGUCACAUUUGCCAAUUUCCCAAGACGCCAGUUACUUUGGUUUCAUCGUAGCAACAGUAACAGAGGAUGUGGGAGGAGAUAAGGAUGCGGGCAGAAAGAAAGAAUUCUAGGACCAAAUGUUUUCGGGAUGAGCCGUCGCUCAUCCGUUUUAAUCUCUCCUAGUCUAAGAAACGGCGGGCAAUUGGAAACAAAGCAAUAUCGCAGAUCUUCUCCCAGAGAAGGUUUCAAAAUGAUGAGCUCCUUCUCCGAGUCAGAAAAUGGCGCACGUUGCUGAAGCUCGGAGGAAUUUGCCACCGAGAUUGGACACGCGGCCCCUUCUGACCUUUACGGAAUAAAGUUGCGAAACAAAAAAAAAAGCCGUCGAGUCCGAUCCCAUCUCGGCGGGCUGCUUUCCGGUGGAUCGUCGGGCACGCGGAGACGGAAUAGCUUGGAGCGGUUCACCUCCGAAAUCGGAUUUAUCGCCGAAACUCUUUUGGACUGAAGCCCAACUGUCCGAUCAAUUUGAAAAGGGUUUGUUCAGUUCCGAGCGGCUUCCAAGUCACAGAGCGUGAGGCAGAGGGCACCACGCGUCGAUCCUGUCAAUCGCAGGACCGACAGAUGGACACCGGACGGACGGCUCCUGCUAACACAUGUCGGAGUGGGUAAGCGCACCAUUUGGUAUCACGAGACAAAUGCUCCCAACUGUUGCUACCAGGUUAGUCAGAUGUAGCGCUGCACCGAUAGCAUUAUGUUACUCAUAAAUACCGAUUCCAACGCCCGGAUGUAUGCGUGCUAUCGGCCAAUGACCGUACUGUACCAAUACCACGUUUUGGAAAACAGACCUUUAUCUUGGGUUUCUUUUAAUGCGAAAUGACUGCAUACUCAGCUGACUGUAAAGUCAUUGCUAUCGUGGCUUCCGGCUUGAUCAGACAACUCAUUGUCUGCCAUUGAGAUGUCCAAUCCAUUUGAAGUUUGAGGGUUGGCAGCGGAUGAACAAAUAUUCAUUCCCUGUGACCCUAUUGGACUAGACGUCUACGAGCGUUAGAUAAAGCGUGAUUUCUUUGUACUCCCCGAUACUGAUGACAUCAUUUUAGUGCCCUAUUCGUACCCAUGAUCUAUCGGUAUCGGUGCAACACUAGUAAAAAUUUGAAUGUCUAAUAACUAAACCGGGUUACCCGCUUCACAUCACUAACACUCUCCGCAUGGUGUCCCCUUGCUACAGGUAGUCAUAAAGGGCUCGAAAUUGUUAGCUAGCAUAUACGUGUCUUCAUUGAACCUGACAUGUUCUUGAACUGUAGAUGUAAGGAAGAAAUGCAGACUCCACCCAAUAAUACCCAAGAUUUAGAACCAGAACUUGAGGUACAAGUUCUGAUUAGUAAAACUUGAGGUCCCUUAAGCCCUUUACAUCUGGACACAGAUGAUCAGAUCGGAACUUUGUGUACUACGACAGCUGUAUCCCCACCUGGUGUCCACUUGCUAAGGGUUGUCAUAAAGAGCUUGAAGCGGCUAUAUCCAGUACAAAUCUUCAGUCAAUCUUACAGACAUGUCUUGGACUGUAGAUGUAAGGAGUAUCCAAGUAGAACUGCAGACUCCGUCCAGAAAAACCUGAGACUUAGAACCAGAAGCUGACUAGCGAUCCAAAGACUUGAGCGACCUUAAGCGACACCUUGGACUAGUUUGAGUCAAUUACAGGAUAUAUAUGCGGAAAAAGGCGACCGGAUUGGAACUUUGUGUGUAGGUGUAUCCCCUCUUCUCUUGGUGUCUCCUUGCUAAGGGUAGUCAUAAAGAGCUUGAGGCAGCUGUAUAGGAAUCUUCAGUCAACCAUAGAGACGUGCUCUUGAACUGUGGAAGUAAGGGGUAACCGAAUAGAACUGCAGACUCGUCCUAGAAAAACUUUGGAUUCAGAACCUGAGGCGCAAGUUCUGAUCAGCGGUGCAAAGGCUUGAAGCGAGCGACACCAUGGACCGGUUUGAGUCGAUGACAAGGUACUCGCGGAGACAGGCGACCGCAUUGGAACGACACAAAUAUUGUCCUUACCAAGCAUCAUCGUUGCGGUAUUGAAUAAGCAAACGGGACUGUAAUUCCGCUGAAAAUGUCCAACCGGGUGUGCCACUUUGACACGGCGCAACCCGCGGAGUACCCCGUCAUAUACCCGUGCGAAGUGGCCACCAUUACCCGAGACGCGCCCGGUCGCGGCCCGCUGCGGACUUUCACCCCUUACUCCUCGGAGAAACUUUACCAGAGCUACUUCCGCCGUCAGAGACAGCGGAACGUACCGACGCUGCUGACGUUCGCCGCUCUCUUUAACGGCUUCGUGGUGGUCACGAGCGCCGUCGCGUACGCCGAGCGCAAGCGGGCUAUGGUGGCGGCGGCCGCCGUCGCCCUGGCCGCCGACGUGCUAUUCCGCGAGCUGUAUCGGCGCCAGAAGCUACCCGCCUCGGCGGUGUGGCGAGGGGCCGUCCCGUACGUUCUGUGGCUGAUGGUCACCCUCCACGUGCUGUUCUACACUGGACUCAACUUCCGCCGCGUGCCCCACGCCAGCGACGCGGCCGGCUGGCAGGCUUUUUUCACUUUUUCCGUCUUCUUGACUCUGCCGCUCAACUUGCCGGCCCUGCUGCUCCUCUCGGGGCUUUCCUGCGGGAUCCACAUCCUGGUUCUCGGGGUGACCGUGGCUCAGAGGCUGGAGGGGGGCUUGGACGGGCCCAUGCUGGUCAGGCAGCUCCUGGCUAGCGCCAUGCUGUACCUGUGCGCCGCCGCCGUGGGCGUCAUGUCAUACUGCAUGUCCGACGGGAAGUACAGGACUGCCUUUUUAGAGGCCCGUCAGUCGCUGGAGGUCAAACUCACGCUGGAGGAGCAGAGCACACAACAGGAGGAAUUACUGCUGUCCAUCCUGCCGAAACACAUCGCGGAUGAGAUGCUGCAAGGCUUGAAGAAUCAGGCCAAUGAGGUCCAACAGCGGCAGCGAGUGCAGCAACAGCAGCAAUUCAACACCAUGUACAUGUACCGCCACGAACACGUCAGCAUCCUGUUUGCCGACAUCGUGGGCUUCACGCAACUGUCGUCCACCUGCAGCGCUCAGGAGCUGGUCAAGCUCCUCAACGAGCUCUUCGCUCGUUUCGACAAACUGGCCGAACGACACCAUCAACUGCGGAUCAAAAUCUUAGGCGACUGCUACUACUGCAUCUGCGGUCUUCCCGACUUCCGAGAGGAUCACGCCGCCUGCUCCAUCAUGAUGGGGCUCUCCAUGGUGGAAGCCAUCUCUUACGUGCGAGAAAAGACCAAAACGGAAGUGGACAUGCGAGUGGGCGUGCACACCGGCACGGUGCUGGGCGGAGUUCUGGGACAGAAGCGCUGGCAGUUUGACGUUUGGUCCACGGAUGUCACCGUCGCCAAUAAAAUGGAGUCCGGGGGGAUUCCGGGGCGGGUGCAUAUUUCCCAGAGUACCAAGGAAAGUCUCCGCGGGGAGUUUGAACUGGAGCCGGGCAACGGCGGCGAGAGGUGCGAGUACCUGCUGGAGAAAGGCAUCGCCACUUAUUUGGUGCUGCUUCCGAAAAAGACGGCGGAUAACCUCCACGGAAAACCGAGUGUUUUGUCGACCGCAAAGUCACGGCGUUUGAUCGACGCCACGUCAAACGGGAACGUAGCAUCGAUAUCGCCGGCGUCGGAGUCUCGUCUCGAGAGGUGCCGUUCGGUGGCGGAACACGUGAUCAACACGCGACUCCGUCGGGAGCUCCAGGAGAGAGAAACGCAGCAAAUAUUGAAGAACGUCAUCCGUCCCGUCACCUUGAGCUUUGUGGACGGACAGCUGGAAGCCGACUUCUCCUCGGAGAAGGAGAAGCGGAGCGGGGCGGCCUUCUGCUGCUGCGCCGUCGUCUUGUUCUUCAUCACCGUAAUGGAGGUCUUCAUCGACCCGCUACUGGUGGCGAACUACGUGACGCUGGCCGUCGGAGAAGUACUGCUACUGAUCCUGACCGCGUGCUCCGCGGCGGCCUUCUUCCCUCGGUUUUUUUGCAAGAAGCUGGUGUCCUUUUCUUUGUGGAUGGACCGCACGCGCUGGGCGAGAAACACCUGGGCCGCGGCGGCCAUAUUUGUAGUCACCAUGGCCGCCAUUGCCGACAUGCUGAGCUGCGUUCCGCCGCGUCGGCGUCCCUUCAACGGCACGUCGACCGUGCUGGGCGAAUGCGCCGAGAACCCCAAGCACUACAGCUUCGCGGCCGUCAUGGCGUUGAUGGCCGCCGCCGCCCUAGUGCAGGUGGGCCACCUGAUCAAACUGGGCCUGAUGGCCCUGGUCGUCACGGCGACGGGGGCGGUCAACAUCCACGGUUGGCGGGAUAUCUACGAUUUGUACGACUUUGUGCACUUUGCGUCCCACAGAACAUCUAUGGUCCCAUCCAAAUACCUCAUGACCGCGAUGACCAUCGUAAUGAUGCUCAGCCUCUACCUGUUUUCCCGCCACUCGGAGUGCCAAUCCAGGGAGUUGUUCCUUUGGAAGGUGGGUGUACACCAACAGAAGGAGAAGGUGUUGGAGAUGAGACGCUGGAACGAAGCACUGGUCACCAACAUGCUGCCCGAGCACGUGGCCAAGCACUUCCUGGGCACCAAAAAGCGAGACGAGGAGCUGUACAGCCAAUCGUACGAGGAAGCGGGCGUGAUGUUCGCCUCCAUCCCCAACUUCUCCGACUUCUACACCGAAGAGAGCAUCAACAACGGAGGCCUCGAGUGCCUGCGGAUCCUCAACGAGAUCAUCUCCGACUUUGACGGCUUACUAGACAAGGACGAAUUCCGCAACAUCACCAAGAUCAAGACAAUCGGAAGCACCUACAUGGCGGCGUCGGGACUCGCCCCGAAACGCGGCGCCGGCGGACACCGGGAGCGGACGCCGGCGGAGAACUGGCGGCACCUCGCCGAUCUGGCGGACUUUGCUCUGGACAUGAAAGUCACCCUCGACAACCUCAACAAGCAGUCCUUCAAUAACUUCAUGCUCCGAAUCGGUCUCAAUAAAGGCGCCGUUCUGGCCGGCGUGAUCGGCGCUCGCAAACCUCACUACGAUAUCUGGGGCAACACGGUCAACGUGGCCAGUAGGAUGGAGUCCACCGGCGUCAUGGGAAACAUACAGGUGGUGGAGGACUGCUACGACAUCCUCAAGUACUACGGCUUCCGCUUUGUGCGAAGGGGGCCCAUUUUUGUCAAAGGGAAAGGUGAACUUCUCACCUUCUUCAUGAAGGGGAAAGAGCAAAACACAAGCCGCGUUGUUCCAACGACGACUCUUCCGCACCAAGUGGUGCACGUCUAUUAGACAUUCCCAUUUCUCCACUUUUUUGUUCCUCUGUCUUGGCGGUAUUCAGAUGCUCUGUGGCGAUGUAAAUGAUCCAUUAUGAUAGGGUGAAAUGCAAGCACACGACUAAUAAAUUGCUUUUCGAAGGUUUUGUUUUGAUUGCCUCUCCCAGCGCAAACGGAUUGCCGGCAAUGGCAGCUAAAUAUUUAACAAUAAAUAUUGUCUGAUUUUUUAAAAGUUGAAAACAAAAAAUUGAAUUCAAAAAUAUUUCAAAUAAUGAUAAACUUACGCAGCCUGUCCAAACUCCAAGCCAAGCCAAAUUAAGACGUGUGUCUACCAACACAUGCUAGCCUUCCAUUUGGACGUCGAUCACUGUCAAUGGCACCAAAUGAGGUCAUUUGUGAAAUGAAUAAUAAAGCCGUAAAACAGUAGGAAGUUAGUACGGGUAGAUGGAUUUCCUUCUGGAGUCCUUCUAAAAAAAUUAGCAUACUGUGAUAAAGUUCAUUAUUUUCUCUGAUUUAUGAAGGGAAUAGGUUAGCUGACGGUCGCUGUGGUAACCACGUCCCAUCCGCGCACGUACCAAAACCGCCCAAGACCGGCCACAGAGGGAUGGUCCCGAAACAAGCAGGCACACCUUCGGCCCGGCCCUCCUACACCACGGACUUAAAAAACACUGGA